AUGACCAUGACUCGUGGACCCGUUGGCCUUGUGCUUGUGCUGGCUGUGGGACUGGUGCGUGCUGACUUCUUGUACAACGACAAGUUGGGUGCUGGGAAGUCUCCAGUCCUUCCGCUGGGGAGUGCUGAGCGCUUGGUGAAGAAAGCGUACGAGAUUACUCGAACGACCACAGGCGCCUUGGGCAAGUUGGGUGGCCAGCAUUCGCAGCUGGUGUUGGACUUCGGCGUUGAUGAGCCCAUGCUGGCCAUUGACCUGCACACCGUCCGCGACCCAAAGAAGCCAGAGGUGCGACUGGAUCUUGGGUCCAUCUUUGUGCUCCGCAUUCCCUAUGAGGAUGUCCAGACGUCAAAGACUCAGAACUCGGCCGUGACCAUGACUAAGGAGGAGCUAGCCUCGGCCAAGGCCAAAAAUCCAAGCUUCGCUCCGAAAUCUGUGUACCGGAUGUUGCAGCUGAGCAGGGAAGUCUCAGAGCAGGAAAUCUUCUCCUUCCUGCGUGUAUGGCACAAGCUCUUCGCGCACCGCUACGGCAAGUUCCAGUUUAACUGCCAGGUGAUGAUUGGCAUGACCUGGUCGUACAUGGAAGAUAAUCGGAAGUCCAUCACUUGCCCAAACUGCAACCUCUUCAGCUUGCCGACCGAGGAUGAGAUUCUAGCCGCGGGCGAGAUGACACGAGAGCGGCAGCAGGCCAUCCGCGGAGGCAUGGUAGAGCACGUCCCGGGCCUUGUCGUCGACACGCUGGAUAUCCUUGAUGGGCGCUGCGGCUUUCGAGAUCGGCCAGUGGCCGGCAACAUCUCGGCUUUCCCAUCCCCGCGGGCCUUGCCCUUGACAAAGCACCAGCUGAUGGGUGACGGCACAGCAAUCUUCCGUGCUUACACAUUGGGUCUGCACCACAUCGGCUCCAGUUUCGAUUUCUCUGAGCACCCUCUCGUCUUCCGUGGGGAGCUGAGCUACAAGAAGCGUGCCUUUACAGCUGCAGAGCACUCGCUGUUGUACAAGGAUGACAACGACAAGUUGGAAGCUGCUGCGAAGACCAGCAUCAAGUUGGGCCCCUUCACGCUUGCGCUGAACAUGGGCGGGGGGCUCCUCAGGUAUCUCAUCAACUUGCCUGGCCACGAAACGAGCUCUUCAACAGUGAGCACGGGCAUGCAACUCCUGAAGCAGAUGGAUCUGGGACGCCGUGCUGUACGGUCUGCUGAUGGGCAAAUCAAGUACAGUGGACGGCAGCGGUACACCUAUGCUGUGACUGACACUCGGCUGGAGAUCGCAACUGGCGGCAUGCUGGACACAUUGAAGAUCCCACUCGGAGUGACAGGUCUGCUGUCCAAGAGAAUGAAAUUUGACCUCUUGAGCAAGCACAACAUGCAUGCUGGAUCCCGCAAAGACUUGCGCUAUGCGGGUGAGCUAGUCGUCGUGAACAAGAAUCCAGCCCACGCGCACGAUGUGGAGCUGUGGACCGAGGACGACGAGUACGAGUUGGUCUUCGACAACGGCUCUGGGUCUUACAAGCCAUAUUGGCCGGCGCCGGAGUUUGAAGAGCUGAUCCGCUGCAACCUCCCAGACGUGCCUGGCAAGUUCUCAAUCCGUGUGAUGCGUGGCUCCUUCGGUGCCAACCAAACAACGCUAGACGCGUAUUGCGACAUUUGGCACGGAGUGGACGAGAUCCCAGAGGCAGAGGAGUGCAAACGUUCUCUGGGCUUCGUGGCCGUGCAGCCCGAGGUGCACAAGUGCUGCGGCACUUAUGCUUCCGUGAAGGAGAAGGAGGAUGAGGGGACCUGCACAUGGCAGUGGCCAGCCAAGAAGGACGAAGAUUGCGUGGAGGUUCCGGGCCACUGCUGCCAGGAGUCCGUCGUAAGCCAGCCCGGUGCCUGCCUCGCGGAGCCCGUCUGCCAGGCGCAAGUCAUGGAAGCAGAUGGUCAGAUGGAGGCGUUCCUGGGCAAGGUGGAUGCAGGAGUGAGAAAGUGGCUGGGCGGCCGGCAUGACGAGUGUUUGGCGCGUCAGUGGCGCACGCGGAUGUUCGAGUGCUUUGCGGCCCAUCAAGUCGGCAGUCCGCAAAGCGAGCGCGCCUUGGUUUGGCUGCUGGAGUUGAAGACGUACUUCGAGAGCAAUCCCUCCAACCAGGCUAGGUGGACCAGCUAUCUGGACAACCUGCAAAAGCAGCUGGACAUCAAGAAGCUCACGCUAGAGCAUCUUCAGCACGGCCCAACCAACUUGGGUAAGGAUGCGGUGGUUGCGCAGUGCGUGCUGCCGUUUCUCAACAACGCCUUCUCGUACGUUCCCUUGAGUCUAAAGCUCUCCAACUUCUUGAAGAUGGGCGUCUAUGAUCCUGCGGAGGGCAAAAUCCAUGGUGCCAACCUCCAGAAGCUCAGGCUGCAAUAUCACCAGUACAUCUUUGACGAGCUCGAUUACAAGGGUGAGAGCUACAAGACUGGCCACGACGGAGAGGAGGGCUGCGGGUUUUCGCUGACAAUUCCCAGGGCUGCUGACGAAUGGGGCAACGCCAUUGCUUCGCAGGAAAACGGAAGUCAAGCGGAGACCUUCGAGGUUGAACUCACUGCAGAGGAGCUGGCAGUCGUAGAGCUCACGGACACACUCGGCACCUUCGAGGUGCAGUGUGGGGCUGUGAUCAGCGGCAGUGACCUUCCCUUUGGCAGUUCACUGGCCGGGUCGAUGGUCUUGGCUGUCGACGGCACAGCCACUCAGGAGAAGAGCUUUUGGGAGACUGAGGUGAUGAUCACCUCGAGCCUCGAAAAAGGCAGUGUUCGCUUGAAGCUCAUGCGCGGCAUCAAUCCGGGUUUCUGCCGAACGAGCGCUUGUCGAGACCGCACCCCCAUCACGGGUUCGAAGGAUUUCACCAGGUGUUGGAUCAGCAAGGGCUUGCAGGUUUGCGGUGAGUACUGCUGUUGCCCAAGCGGUUAUGAGUACCGAUCCAGCUUCCUGCUUGCUCAGUGCAGCAGCUGCUGA